CUGGAUCCCAGUCGUGAACCUAAUAGAAGAGCCGGAUUCUGAAUCCCCCCUCCCCAGGACCGGACCUGCAUCGUACCCCCAGCGCCGGAUCCUGUGUCUGCCGCAGCAAGACAGCAUGGCGCGGGCAGCCAAGAGUGCUGUGGUUCUGUGCUGGGAUGUGGGACAUACCAUGACCAUGGCGCCACCAGGGGAAGAAUCAUCAUUUGAACAAGCAAAGAAAAUUGUGCUGCUGUUCCUCCAACGACAAGUUUUUGCUGAGAGUAGAGAUGAGACAGCUUUAGUCCUGUUUGGAACUGAUGGAACCUCUAAUCCUCUUGCUACAUCAGACCAAUACCAGCAUAUUACUGUGCACAGAGACCUAAUGAUCCCUGACUUUGAUCUCUUAGAAGAUGUUCAAAGUAACAAAAUGGCAAGUGACAAUCAAGCUGACUUUCUAGAUGCCCUGGUUGUUUGCAUGGACUUGCUUCAGAAACAGACCCUGGGGAAGAAGUUUGAGAAAUUACACAUUGCAGUGUUCACUGAUCUGAGCAGUCCCUUCAGUUCCGACCAGUUGGAUAUCAUUACAGACAACAUGAAGAGAGCUGGAAUCACGCUGCAGUUCUUCUUGCCAUUUGCACUGGAUGCUAUCAACAUGGAUGAGGGUGGUGAUGCUGCAGAACGACGAAGUAAUAUUUCAGGAGGGAAAGCUCUAACUGCAGAGCAGAAGGAAGGAAUAAAGAUGGUUAAGAGGGUUAUGCUGUCCUUGGACGAAGAAGGAGGACUAGAUGAAGUCUUCACAUUCAGGGAAAGUGUUGAACAAUUGUCCAUUUUUAAGAAAAUAGGAAGGAAGCCUAUGGCAUGGCCAUGCCAACUCACCAUUGGCUCCAGAAUCACCAUUAACAUUGUGGCAUACAAAGCAGUAACUGAGGAAAAGUUGAAGAAGACCUGGAUAUCUGUUGAUGCCAAAUCUCUACGCAAAGAGGAUGUGAGGAGAGAGACUGUUUACUGCCUCAAUGAUGACAAUGAGACUGAAGUUACUAGGGAAGAAACUAUUCAAGGGUUCCGUUAUGGUAGUGACAUUAUUCCAUUCUCUCAAGUGGAUCAGGAGCACAUGAAGUACAAAACCGAUGGAAAAUGUUUCAGCGUCCUUGGAUUUACCAAGUCAGUGCAAGUCUUGCAGAAUUAUUAUGUUGGACGGCAGGCGCUGAAGGUCUUUGCUGCAAAAGAUGAUGAGCACGCUGCAGUGGCUUUGUCAGCACUGAUUCAUUCAUUGGAAGAACUGGAAAUGGUGGCAAUAGUUCGUUAUGUUUAUGACCGGAGAUCACACCCACAAGUUGGAGUGGCCUUUCCUUUGAUUAAAGACAAAUAUGAGUGUUUAAUCUACGUCCAACUCCCAUUCAUGGAGGAUCUUCGACAGUUUACUUUCAGUUCUCUGAAGAACAACAAGAAAGCUGCAGCUUCUGAAGAGCAGUUAUCGGCUGUGGAUGCUCUGAUUGACUCGAUGAGCUUAGUGAUGGAUGAUGGAGAAGAAUUUGAGGAUCUCUUCAAAGUCAGCAAAAUUCCCAAUCCUUACUUCCAGAGGCUGUUUCAGUGUCUUCAGUGGAAAGCGUUUCAGCAAGAUGAGCCUCUGCCUCCCAUAGACCCGCACAUGAAAAACAUGUUAAACCAGCCUCAGGAGGUGGCUGAUUCCAGCCUGGCAUCCUUGGAGCAGUUAAAGAAACUUUUCACUCUGCAAGAUUCAGGCAAGAGGAAAGACCAGAAGAUUGCACAACAUAUCUUCAAAGACAAUGAACCAGAGGAACCAGAUGUCAAGAGGGCAAGGUCUGAUGAUGAUUUCAACAUUGUCACAUUGGCUGAAGGCACUGUGACAGCGGUUGGCAGCCUCAAUCCAGCAAAAGAUUUCCAGGCUUUGGUCCAGCAAAAGAAUGCCAAUUUCAGAGAAGUGACCAGGCAGCUGAUGGAUCGUGUCUACCAGUUUCUUGAAGUCAAGAAUCAUCAAUAUUACAUGAAAAGUUUGGAUUGUGUAAAAGUCUUCAGGAAGGAAGCUGUCAAGGCGGGAGAAUCCCAACAUUUCAACACAAUACUGAAAACGUUGAAAGAGAAUGUGGAGUCAAAAGGGCUGCAAGAAUUCUGGGAGCUGAUCAUACAAGAUGCUAUCUCUCUCAUCACCAAGGAUGAAGAUGCAGAAUGUACAGUGACCAGUGAUGAAGCCAAAAAGUUUCUGAUACCAGAGGAGAUGUCUGGUGUGGAAGAAUUGGCGGUGACCCAGGAUGAAGGAGAUGUCGAUGAUCUGCUUGAUAUGAUGUAAGGAGGACUUUUAGAAAUGCAGCAGAGGAUCACAGAGCUAAGAAGACAAUAUCAUGAUUAUGGUUCAAGAAUGUAUCAAUAUCCUCAGCCACAGAUCUUCACAUCUAAAGACAGGUCACACAUUCUUUGUAUUCGCAUGGUUGCCCGUCGAUCAAUAAUGGAAA